AUGCCGCCACGCUCGUCCUUGACCUCUUCCUUCUCCAUCACCGACUCCAACAAUGAAGUCGUCUGCCCCUUGCGAAAUCAAGACGGCUCCAGCUGCCGGAAGCGCUGUAUCGGCGAAAAACGAUACCGCUCCAUGCAGGAGCAUAUCCGUCGAGCGCACCCCGAGAACUACAUCUCGAAGCUGCCGGCGACCGAAGAGAGCUUCCUGCUCAUGAUCAACACGCCGCCCCAGGACCGUCGCAGUACCGACCAGCCAUCGUCGUCGGCCGCACAGAACUUGUAUGAUAGGCGCAACCAUCUUCGCGAUGGCUCGAGUAACCCCGGGACGCCGCGCCAUGCCGACGAGUACCCCCUAACAAACGGCAUCUCCUUGUUGGGCGCCGCCAGCGCAGCAGCAGCUCUUGCCGAGCUGCACGGCGUCAAGUCCGAGCGAGAGAAUGAAACCGAUCGAGAUUACUACUCGGACACGGACGGUCGCCGCGUCGCUCGGACUUCAAUUGAGCUGCCUCCCUUGAACCUCUCCCACAAGGAUGUCACGAGCGAUCCCUAUUCGGCCGGCAGGCCACGCGAGAUCUUGCCGCCGCUCCUCGCCAACUCGCCGCCCGGGCGCUCCUCGACCCUGCCGCCCCUGCAGCGGCCCUUGGGGCCCAAUCGGCCGCGCAAGCAGUCGGUGACGAAGCGAGGCCGCGAGUCCAACCACAAGAAGAAGACUUCUCGCGGCUCCGCCGCCGAUUGGCUCCGCCGCAUCCAAAAUGACGAGCGCUUGAGACCGGGCGGCAGCCAUGACCGGAAAGCCCUCUCUGCCGAGCCCUCGGCGGACUACGGGAAGCGCUGGGAGGAUCUCAUUGACGCUGCUGACCAAGCUGCCUCGGCGGCCGGCGACAUUGACGAUGACCGCACGCCUGUACCGCAAUCGCCCGUUUCAGUUCACCGAGGCUCGCUGCCGCCGUUGCAGCACCAGCAGCACGUCCAGGCCGGGAGCUAUCAGGCAUCGCCGCUGCAGCAAGCCCUGACGCCGCCGUCCUACAACCAGGACAGCGCGGACCCCUUUCCUUCGGUCGAAAGCGGAGAGAACUUCCACAUGGCACCUCGUGGACUAAACGAUUCGUCGCCGACCUAUCCUUCGGCCCACAACAUUCAGAUUUACUGCGCGGCCUGCCAAGGCGUGUCGCAGCUCAAGGGCUCGUACGCGUGUACGGAAUGCAUUUGUGGCCUCUGCCCGGCCUGCGUCGAGGUCCUCAUGGCGGAACACGGAGCACGAAGAAAGUGUCCCCGUUGUGCCACCAUUGGCGGCCGGUUCAAGCCCUUUCAGCUCGACGUGAGAUGA